AUGCGCCGCGCGCUCGAGCUCGCGGAAGACGCCGUCGCCGAGCAGGGCGAGGUGCCCGUCGGGUGCGUGUUCGUGAACGACAACAACGUCGAGAUCGCGAGCGCCGCCAAUGAAACGAACGAGGCCAUGUGCGCCACGCGCCACGCGGAGCUCGUCGCCAUCGACGGCGCACUCAAGCAUUCAGCCGCGCGCGGCCAGCCGCUCGACUGGACGCGCUGCGCGCUCUACGUGACGUGCGAGCCCUGCAUCAUGUGCGCGUCCGCGCUCUCGCAGCUCGGCAUCGCCAAGUGCUACUUCGGCUGCCGCAACGACAAGUUCGGCGGCUGCGGGUCCAUCCUCAGCCUCCACGAGGGCAACUUCGACAUCGUUGAGGGCCUGCGCGAGGCCGAGGCCGUGGACCUCUUCCGCCGCUUCUACGACCGCGAGAACAGCCGGACGCUGGGCAGCGACGCCCACGGCGACAAGCGCACGCGACGACGGACGGCGGCCCGCGACAGCGGCGUCGACGGCGCGACGUAA